CUAAUUAUUUUUGAGGUUGGCCAAACAUCUUAUUAUAACAACAAAGCAGACGUCAUGCUUUCUCCCGAGCCGUAGGCAGUAUCAUUGACUGUAUCACUGACUGAAUAUAAGCGCAGUAUCGCACGGGUGAUGAUGACAACAUCCCACACGCGGCUCUGAGGCGGCCGGACUGGAUUUACCGGACUCCACCUGUCGCGGGCGCUGCGUGCGCGCGCAUGUGCCGUAAGCGCAGUCUCGCGGACAGAGCUAGAAGCAGAGCACACACCUGGAUGUUUCACCGAGGGAUUCAGCAGAUCUACACCGUGUCAGUCCCCGUCGCCCCCCGUCUCUGUUUGGGUUAUUGUUCGUGUGCCGAUCCCGCGGCUGGAGGAGGGGACUGCGGGCAGAGAGAGCUCUCUGCGGCGGUGACGGCGGCUGUAUUCUCCGCAGUGUCGGAGCCAAGCGGCCAACCGAGCACCAUGUCCAGACAGCAGCAGCAGCAGCCGCACCGGCCGCCCAUCCGAGUCCACGACAGCCUGGUGGAGGUCAAAAGCAAAUUCGAUGCAGAAUAUCGGAGGUUUGCUCUUAAGAGGGACGGUCCAGGAGGCUUCCAGGAGUUCUACAGGCUGCUCCAGACCAUCCACCGCAUUCCAGGAGUGGAUGUAAUUCUGGGCUACGCUGAUGUGCAUGGAGACCUCCUGCCAAUCAACAAUGACGACAACUUCCACAAGGCAGUCUCUUCAGCCAAUCCACUGCUCCGAAUCAUUAUCACUAAAAAAGAUGAUGAGCCGGUGGUUUUUGGCACUAACUCUCUUCAGAGGCGUAAGAAGGGCCUGGGUCUGACUGGACUUCGGACCACUGGGUCAGGCUCCACUCACAAGAGCAAACAAGCCCUGCUCAUUGGCAUGCCCCAGAACUUCAGACAAAUCUCUUCCAUCAUCGACGUGGACAUCCUGCCAGAGACGCACCGACGAGUCCGACUGCACAAACAUGGCACACACAAACCCCUGGGCUUCUACAUCCGGGACGGGGUCAGCGUCAGGGUCACUCCGCAGGGCGUGGAGAAGGUCCCAGGGGUGUUCAUCUCCCGUUUGGUGAGAGGGGGCCUGGCUGAGAGCACAGGGCUGCUGGGAGUCAAUGAUGAAAUUCUAGAGGUCAACGGCAUCGAUGUAGCAGGGAAAUCACUGGACCAGGUCACAGACAUGAUGGUAGCAAACAGUCACAACCUCAUAGUGACAGUGAAGCCAGCGAAUCAGAGGAACAACGUGGUUCAUCGCGGCAGCAAGACCUCAAUGGGGAACUCAGGGUCUGUGGGCUCAGCAGGAUCUGUGGGGUCUGCUCUGUCACAUGACUCUCCAAGCCCCGCCUCCCAAAGCAACCCCAUCACAGCAAGCAACAGUAUCGUGGAAGGAGAUAGUGAGGAAGAGGAGGAUGAAGACAGAGACCUCAUUUUGGAGAACGACAUUUUGCCCUAUCACCCCCAACACCACAGCAACAACCUGAACCUGAGCAGGGACUCUGCCAACGGCCGCCUCAACAAUAACACAGGAGCCCGGGGCCUCCCUCAGAGCAUCUCUUUACCCAGCGGCAUCGGAUCGUCACUUAGCAACAGUGCCACGCUGUUGACUAACCAUAACCAAAACCCCGCCCACGCCGCCAGCUCCAGUCAGGACAUGAGAGAGGACGGCAACAUCAUCACUUUGUAGCUAUUACUGAUCUUACUGUGGCAUUGGAACUCUGAACACUGUCCUACUGUGGACCACUAAAUGUAACGUGGAUGAAACAGAUUUUAGAUUUUUCAAAGUAAUCACAAGAGCCUUUCUGGUCAAGAAUUGCCUUCCUUGUGAUAAACCGUUUUAGGAGAUACAAUUUAAAGUUGUAUGGCAUUAACACUAAAAUCUGUGGAAGAGUAUGACAUAUCUUUGCCUGACGACCACUGGGAGAACAUGUCCCUGGUCUCACAUUGACUUUGUGCAGAUUGGGUCUGUCAUUUUGGUCUAAAACACAGAAUAAUAUACAUAUAGUUUCAGUACAUGUAUUAAUUAUACCUGUUAAAAGGCAUUUGUCAAGUUACAUUGCAAAAUGCAGAGAAAUGAAUUUGAAUAGUUCAUUAUUUAUUUCACACUGCAGUGUUUCCCAGAGGUUUGGUUAAGAUUUUGGAGGCACAAAUUAUGUUCAUUUGAAUAAUUCAAUCUCCUUUAAUUUGUGGAGCUCAGAUGAUUUACUGCCUAUAUUUAAUCUUUAAGCAACCUCUUUAAAAUGUCUAUGAUAUAAUGCACAACUAAUUCUGUCAUGCCAAUAUAGUCCAGGUUGUUUUUAGACUAUGGGGGCCAGUGUAGUCUCCUGUAUUAAUGGGAAACACUGCACUCUGUGUGUGUAAGUGCAAAUACUGUAUAAUUUGCUUGUUAAUGCUUUAGAUUAAUCACAUUAAUGUUGUUUUAACUAACAUACAAUUACCAUUCAACAGUAUCAGAUUGUUAAAGUUUUACUCUUUUUAAUUAUUUUAUAUUAAUCAAAGACCAAAAUGCCAACAAAAUCUUCUGUUCACUGCUAGUCAAUUGAGAUCUGCAGACAUUGUGUGUGUGUGUGUCUCCAGCUGUACUCCUGCACAAGCCAUACGAUGAUGUGAUGUCAUUACAGCCUGCACCAUCUCCAUCAGACAUCAUUAACCCCCUGGCACUCGGAGGAGCAACCAGGAGCCACCCGGGGCCGGACAAGUGCUCUCACAUCAAUAUCAUAUGCCUUUAUUGACGUUACACUGAAAGAUGGACAUGCAAGAGGAGAAUAUGUGAGGUUAUAAUUUGCAAUAAUCAUACAGCAAUAUGCCAUUAGUUUAUUAAGUACCUAUUUUAUUUUCAUAUUUUAAUCUGAAAUAGAUAGAGGUUGGUUAUCUUCUAAGAAAGACAUUACGAUUAGACAGGAAAUGAAUGUUUACAGAAAAGAAAAUGUGAUUAUUAUGGUUUUAUCAAAUUAAUUUAUAACCUUAAAAUGUAUCUUAUGCUUUAAUUAUAGUGAAUUAUACAAUUUGAAAUGUUAUAGGUCGGGGCAAUAUUACCUGAAUUCAUAUCAUUAUUGUUAAUUGAAUAUUUAAUCUUGAUUUUAAAAGUCAUUUUCAUUUUUAUUACUCUCAUACUUCCAGAGGAGGUUUGUACUGUGAAUAUGCUCAACUAUUAAAGCUGGAAUAUUUUUCUAAUAAUCUA